AUUCCAGUCUGCAUUCAGCAAGUUUCAGUGGCAGGAUUGUGUAUGCAAAAUUUGGUAUCUGUAGGUCAUCGGAAACUAUGACUUUAUUUCUCUCUCUCACACACAAAUUCUUCAAAAUGUGAGUAAAAGAACAAGACCCAGCCUCUCAAUUGCGCCCAGAUUCCUGAGGGGAAGGAUUCCUGCUGUCCUGCCUGCAAAGGCCUUCUCCUGCAGCUCGGAGUACACGUGCUGCUCCCAGUUGUGAGUCUGCGGAAGCUUCUGGACUACAACGCCCAUCAUCCCCAGGCACAACGGACAGCGUGGGUUGCGGACCUGCGGUUGGGCACUCACGAAGCAGCUGUUUCUCGCUCAGGCAUACGUAGGAAAGAGGCAACCGUGGAGGCCACCAGAGAGGGCUCCGCUUGGACGGGCUCUCUUCUUCACCCCAGUGGCCCCUGCUUGAGAAGAAAUGCCGGGCCUUCCUGGGCCCUCCUCUUGGGGACAAACUAGACCGGACAUGGGAAUCCCUCCAGUAGACCCGCCCCACUCAUUCGCCUUUGAAGCAACCAGCAGCAGCCACUAGGAGAGGCAGCAGAGACGCCUCCAGGCCCUCUGGGGUGGAGCUGCCGUGCAGCCCUGCUGGACCUGUGGGACCCCCAGCGCCCCCCCCCCCCGCUUCAGAAGACCUGCUUUUGGAAAAGAAACGGGGUUGGGGGAUUCCAGUUGCGGAACGUCCACAUCUCGUCUGGUCUUGGGCAUUGCCCCAAACUCUUUACGGAAACUUAACUGUGGAUUGAUGUGAUGUCUGAAUGGACAAACUAUAGUUUGCAACUGGCCAGCAAAAUCUGCCCUGGAAAACAGGAUCCGAGGAGGGAUUGUGGCCACUCUGGUUUGGUCCGAUGUCCGUCUGCAUUGACAAACGGCGCAGUCCGGUUGCUCCCCCUCCACGCUAGGAGUGCGAUCAAAGGGAGAACGGAAGCAGAGAAGUAACGUCAAAGCAGGACUGGGCCGGCUGGGCGCUGGGCGGCUGUCAUGAUCUCUGCAGCCCCUCUCUACAGCGGGGUGCACAACUGGAGCGGCGCUGAGCGGAUUCGCAUGUGCGGCCUCAGUGAGGAGAGGAGAGCCCCGCUUUCUGAUGAAUCGAACACUGGCAGCUCCCAGCAUCUGGGGCCCCCCGAGUUCUGUGUUGGCAAAAGCUAUUCCAAGGUGGAGCUGACGGGAGUCUCGAGUGCGAGUGGCGGCAGCGAGGAGGCCCCCGGCUUGGCUUCGGGGGCCGUCGUGGGGGAGGAGCAGAAGCCCGGACUGCGGCUUGAGGAGCAGACCCACGAGGCCGAUGACGGGGCCGGGGAUGCCGGCCAAGCGGGGGGAGCCCAGGUGGCGGAUCUGGCCAAGCCGGAGAGCGGCAGCCCAGACUGCGCCUGGCCCUCGCCGGAAGACGCGGCUGGCCUUGGCCCUGCUUGCCCAAAGGCCUUUGAGGGCGAGCCUGCCGGGAGGGAGAAGGACCCCCCGCCGGCCGGCACGGCCGUCUCCACCACCCCCAGCGCCGGCUGCAGCAGCUUGGCCUCCACCCCGGCCACCUUCACCCUGAAAAGCGUCUGUUUCUCGGCCCCGCCGGCGAUGCAGAAGAUGGCCCUCUCCUUCCAGCCCGGAGCGGUCCUGGCUCCCAGCCAGCCCCUGGUUUACCUCCCGCCCCCGAGCUGCGUGGCCGCCCUCCCGAGCGUGGCCGCCCUCCCCUCCCCACUGGGGGUCUCGCCCGCCCUCACCCUGCCCGUCCUGCCCCCCUUCCGGCAGGAGCGCUGCCUGCCCAGCCUCCCCUACCCGUAUGCCUUCUCCAUGGCCAGGCCUGUGGCCGCAGACCCCAAGGGCUCCGCUGCGGAGGCCAGCCAGCCGAGCGGCCCGCCCUCCUCCUCCUCCUCCUCGGGGGAAGGCAAGCCUCCCGCAGCCGCGGGCCCCGCCGAGCCCCUGCCCAGCACGCCCGGGAGCGCUGCCCCCCUGCCGGGCCCCAGCCUGCUUGCAAGGGCCCCGCCCGAGCAGCUGGCCCCCGGCACCGGCCUCCUGGCGUCCCUCUCCCCGCUGAAGUCCCCCCCGCAGCUGGAGCGGGAGAUGGUCUCCCCGCCGGAGUGCAGCGAGAUGCCCCUGGACCUCUCCGCCAAGUCCAACCGCCCCAAGCUGCCCCCGCCCAGCCAGCGCAAGACGCCCCCCAUGCCCGUGCUGACCCCGGUCCUCUCCAAGGCGCCCCGGGCGGCCCCGGGUGGGGGCGGCAGCCCGGCCGUGGCCCCGCCGCCCUUGGUCAUCUUCCCGGAGUUCCUGCGCAACGGCGAGCAGGCCUCCUGGGCCAAGAGCUCCCCCGCCCUCCUCAGCACCCUGCCGGGCACCUACGUCGGGGUGGCCCGCCCGGUGCCGGCUUCCGUGCUGCUGGGCAAGGCCUCGGCCGCCGGCUUCCGCCGGGACGCCCGCCACCUCCCCAAGCAGGAGCCCAUUUCCAUCGUCGACCAGGGGGAGCCCCGCAGGGCCGGAGUGCCGGCCCGGCCGCCCCCCCACGGCCGGAGUGCCCCCUCGAAAGAGCUCUCCCUCUGGAGCCCGGGCCAGAGCCAGCUGCACCCGCGCGGCUCCCUCAGCGGGAAGCCGGCCAGCACCCCGCUGCUGCCGCUGGGCUGGCCGCCCUACCACCAGGCCCCCCUGCUGUCCAUCGGCCUCUCCGCAGCAGCCGGGCCACUCCCCCCGCCCCGAGGGGGUCCCUCCAAGCCGGCCCCCUUCCCCAGCGUGCAGCCUUUGGAGCCCGGCCCGGAGGCCCCCGCCCCGGGCAAGGGCUGCAAGACGGCCUUGCCCAGCGUGGCCAGCCCCUCGUGCGUCUCCCCGGUCCUUCAGCCCAGCCCCGCGGACGCCAGGGGCACCAAGGGCCUUGCCGGCGGGCUGGAGGUGGAGGCUGCGGCCAAGCGCCCCGGGGAGAGCCCGCGCAAGAGCCACGGCCUGGCCCACCCCCCGCCCCGGGCCGGCCAGCCGGGCCCGCAAGCGGCAUCCGAGUCGGCGCCCCCCGCGGAGAAGAGCCUCUGCUGCGGGGAGGCCUCUGCCCCCAGCCUCCUCCAGGUGGACCUCAGCCGGGUGAAGCAGGAGCGGGGGGAGCCCCAGGGGCCCUUGGCCCCCGCCGCCUGCCCGCCCAGGGAGCCCGCCCAGGCGAAGCUGAAGGCCCCCGUCAAGGUGGAGGGGGGCCUCCCUUGCAAAGCCAAGCGGCCCCACGGCCGGCCGGAGCUGCCAGCCCACAAGAAGCUGAAGUGCCGGGGCCCCCAGGAGUCGGGGCUGGCGCCCGGCAAGCCCAGCAGCCGGGCCCUGCACCCCCACAAGUGGCGGAAGCAUCACGGGGAGCUCCACGAAGUGGGCAAGCACAAGAGUCGGCUGGGCGCCACGAAGGACCGCGGCGGGAGGGCCCGCCUGAAGCACAAGCGCAGGAAGCCGUCCCCCGGGCACCGCAGGCACCGCUGCGAAGAAGCUUUUGUUGAGAAGAAAGCCAAGAACAACUUCCGGGACUUCAUCCCUGUGGUGCUGAGCAGCCGGACACGCAGCCAGUCAGGAAGCGUGGGGGACUCCUCGGCUGGCCUGCCGCUGCUGGAAGGUGGGGAGGAGGAGGAGGAGGAGGAGGAGCAGCCCUCCCCGAAGCAUCGCCGGCUCCGCAGCAAGUCCCACCGGCUCUCCCCACACUCCUCCGGCUGCCGAGACCAGGAGCGAGGCCGCGCCAGGCCAGAAAGGGGCGCCUUCCACCUGAGCCAGGCGCUGCGGGAGCUGCCCUGGCCGGUGGAAGCCGCCCAGCAGCUCUGGGGCCGCAAGGCGGUGGCGGAGGAGGAGGAGGAGGAGGAGGAGGAGGAGAGCGGCCACCUCAGGAGGAAGCGGCGGCGGCGGCGGCAGAAGAGCUGGAAGUAUCCGACGGGGGAGUACCUGAUCGAGCGGGAGGAGGAGCACCUGAGCUGCUGCCACAAGCGGCGGAAAUCGAAAGCAGACUUCAGGCACCGGAAGCACAAGGCCUGCUCCUCCGCGCCGGGCAGGGCCUCCGAGCUGUGCCUGAGGAGCAGGCUCUCCCCCACGCUCCCGGGGCGCCUGGACUUCCGCAACGGAUUCCUCUUGGAGCACCCGGACUCCGCUCCCCUCCAGGAAGGGCUGGAGAAGCCGUCCGGGAAGCGCAAGUGCAAGACCAAGCACCUCUUGGGCAUCUGCGAGGAGGGGAAGGCCAAGACGCGCUCGCCCAAGAGGUCUCGGGAGUCCUGCCCCCACAGCAAGGCACGGCAGCCCAGCUCGGAUCGGGCCUCGGAGCCCCCCGCAGCCCCGCUGGUGCCCCCCGAAGCCCGGCGGCUGAUUGUGAACAAGAACGCCGGGGAGACGCUGCUGCAGAGAGCCGCCCGGCUGGGCUACAAGGACGUGGUGAUGUACUGCCUGCAGAAGGAAAACAACGACAUCAACCACCGAGACAACGCCGGCUACACAGCCCUGCACGAGGCUUGUGCCCGGGGCUGGGUCGACAUCCUGCACAUCUUGCUGGAGCAUGGCGCGAACGUCAACUGCAGCGCCCAGGACGGCACCAGGCCUGUCCACGAUGCCGUGGCCAACGACCACCUGGAGGCCAUGUGGCUCCUGCUCUCUUACGGUGCCGACCCCACGCUGGCCACGUAUUCGGGUCAGACGGCUUUGAAGCUGGCCAGCAGCGAGGGGAUGAAGCGCUUCCUUCGUGAUUACCUCUUGGAUCUACAGGGGCGAGCUGAUGGGGACCCCCAGACUGCCUGGGAUUUCUACAGCAGUGCUGUGCUCGAGGAGAAGGACGAGCUGGGCUCCGACCUGCUGCUCAGCCCUCCCGGGAGCUCCGACCAGGAGGACGGCGGCGGCGACCAGCAGGACUCGGACUGCUUCCUGUUCGAGUUCUCCGACAAGCAGCUGCUUCCCUGCUACAACCUGCAGGUGUCCGUCUCCCGGGGGCCCUGCAACUGGUUCCUCUUCUCGGAGGUGCUGAAGCGCUUGAAGCUCUCCUCUCGCAUCUUCCAGGCCCGCUUCCCGCACUUCGAGGUGGCCACCCUGCCCCAGGGGGAGUUCCAGCGCCAGGUGGCCCUGAGCCAGGUGCUGGCCCCGGAAGAGCUGCGCGAGCACAUGGCGGCGGCGCCGCCCCCCCUGGCCCCGCCGGGCGCCGCAGAGACCGUGGAGCUGGUCCGCUACGAGCCGGAGCUGGUCCGGCUGCUGGGCUCGGAGGUGGCCUUCGAGGCCUGGAGCAGCUGACGGGGGGGCCCCCCCUGUCGCCGGACUGCGCGGCGAGGCAAUAAUUCUGACCCGUGAGAGCGGCCUCCUUGCGGCCACCAGCGGCAGCCUUCGCCAGCGGGCUUUCCGGAGCGCGGCAGGCCCUCCGCAGCCGCCUGCGGGGGGGGGGGGGGCGGGAAGCUGCCGGCUGCCCCCCCUUGGCCCGGGACUCCCCGCCUGUCUCGGUGGCUCUGCAGCCCCCCUACGGAACUGCGUCUCUCCCCCGCCCCACACGCGCCCCCCCCCCCCGCUCUUCCAGACUAUUUAUUUAAUUAGUAUUUAAUUUGUGGUGUUCCCUUUUUUGUUCCUGCUAAGUCUGUAUCACUGUGACGGGCGGUGGGGGGGGUGCCCCUGGGGGUGCGCUGAGGGACCAGGCUGCUCCUGCCUUUCCUCCCCCUCCUCCUCCUCCUCCCCACCACCAGAACCAGGGCUGGAGCGGGGGUGGGGUGUGGGGCAGGCUGCCCCAUGGCGUCUCUUCUCCUUGCUUUGCAAGUCACCCAGCUUCUGUGGGAGGACCCCCCCCCCCCGCCCCUACCCCGGCCUUUCUGCCAGAUAGUUUUCUCUCCAGGCUGCAGCCGGCCCCUCUGGAGAGGCGGACAGAGACCCAGAUCAGCUGGGACCCCAAGGCAUUUGGGUGUUCUCGGACCCCCCCCCCGCCCCCACCUUGCCGGCUCCUGAUUGACUCCAUUUCAUGCCUCUUUUAGAGAACCUCCCCUUGGCUGGAUCAGUCCCGGUGGCAAGACAGCCGUCCUCAGCGCUGGAGGGGGGGGCCUGGGGCGUAGAUGGUACAGUUUUAUUGUACAGGUGCUAACCGGGACUGGACAAUCCACUUCAGGCUCCCCCCUGCGCUCUGGGAGGGCAGCCUGAGGGGAGGAGUUGGGUGUCAACUUGGAUUCUUUUGUGUUGUGUUUUUCAUUUUGUUUCCCUUCCCUUGCAGGGAGCUGCAUUUCCUGCCCCCCACCCCUUUCCAGGCAGGCAGCCCCCUCCUGGGGGUGGGAAUGCAGACCCCUGCCUCCCCCCCCCUCUCUUUUACCCCAAGGCCCUGGGCCUUUGGGGGGUGUGUUCCGGCUGCUGGUUUUUUUGGAUUUAUUUUAUUCUUAACAAGCUGUGGUGUCCAAAACACUUUAUGUACAGAAAAACCUGCAUCAGG